GGAAGCGCGGCCCGGGAAGAGGCCUCGGCCUGCGGGCGGGUAGCAGCGGGGAGUCGCGAGCGGCCCGCGGGAGGGAGCAGAAGCCCUGGGCCGGGCGCGAGCAGGGCGGGCGAACUCCGUGCUCCCUCCCCAUGGCCAGGAGCGGGCCGCGGCGGCGGCGUUGACAGGCCCCGGGCGGGGCGGGCGGGCUGGGGCCUGGGGUCGAGGGGAAGAUGAGCGCCCUCCUAGAGCAGAAGGAGCAGCAGGAGAGGCUGCGGGAGGCCGCGGCCUUGGGGGACAUUCGGGAGGUGCAGAAACUGGUGGAGAGCGGGGUGGAUGUGAACUCCCAAAAUGAGGUCAACGGCUGGACCUGUCUACACUGGGCAUGUAAACGCAAUCAUGGUCAAGUCGUCUCUUACUUGUUAAGAUCAGGAGCUGACAAAGAGAUUCUUACCUCAAAGGGAGAAACACCAGUCCAGUUAACAUCAAGGAGAGAAAUCAGGAAGAUUAUGGGAGUGGAAGAUGAUGAUGAUGAUGACACCCUCCCCCAGCUGAAGAAGGAGUCAGAACUGCCCUUUGUUCCCAACUAUUUGGCCAACCCAGCCUUCCCUUUUACAUACACCCCCGUGGCAGAGGAUUCAGCCCAGCUGCAGAAUGGGGGCCCCUCCACACCUCCCGCAUCACCGCCUGUAGAUGGCUUGCCUCCAGCGCUCCUGCCUGGGGAACCCCCCCUUCUAGGGGCCUUUCCACAGGACCACAGCUCCUUGGCUCUGGUUCAGAACGGUGAUUUGUCUGCCCCCUCUGCCAUACUCAGAACACCAGAAAGCACAAAACCAGGUCCUGUUUGUCAGCCACCAGUGAGUCAGAGCCGCUCCCUCUUCUCUUCCGUCCCGUCCAAGCCACCAGUGUCUCUGGAGCCUCAAAAUGGGACAUAUGCAGGACCUGUGCCAGCAUUCCAGCCAUUUUUCUUCACCGGAGCAUUUCCGUUUAAUAUGCAAGAGCUGGUACUUAAGGUAAGGAUUCAAAACCCAUCAGUUCGAGAAAAUGAUUUCAUUGAAAUUGAACUGGACCGACAGGAGCUCACCUACCAAGAAUUGCUCAGAGUGAGUUGCUGUGAGCUGGGGGUUAAUCCAGAUCAAGUGGAGAAGAUCAGAAAGUUACCCAAUACUCUGUUAAGAAAGGACAAAGAUGUUGCUCGACUCCAAGAUUUCCAAGAGCUGGAACUGGUUCUAAUGUCUGAAGUGAUUCCUGUCGUCCACAUGUUUAAGUGCACCAUCUGAGAAGAGCACAAACAUUGCUGGCCCAUGUUCUCCACUUUCAUUUUCCACUAGAAAUGAAAAUCAAUUUUUGAGACUGAAUCUGUUGCUAUUUUAAAGGGUACUGUGGGAAACUGAGCUAAAGGAGUUAGCAUCUUUAUUUUUGUAUCAAAGAUAAAGGUUAUUUUGAAAUUAUUAGGAUUUUUACACAACUCUGGAAUCCGUUGCUUUUAUAAAUGAAUUGUUUGAUCUUAGGGAUCCCCACCACCAAUCUACUUAACAAAGCCAAUCAAGAGUCUACCAGACUUUGUUCUGAAGUAAAUGGGAAACAAACAAACCAAAACAAAAAGACAAACCCUGAUUAAACUCUUGAGCAUGGCAUAAUUUCUUUAAAGAAUGCAUUAGGGAUUAUUUUCCUUUCCUUCAGUGUCAUUAGUGUUGAAAGAAAAGCCACUGUCUUAUUGAAACAAACAGCUUAACUUUAGAAAUGAGAACUAGCACACGUGGACACACAGGAGAGCAGGGGUUCGAAGCCAGCUGUUGAAGAACAUCCCUGCUGUCUCAAGAAGCUUUUUCCCCAUAGUGCCUCUGGUUUCCAAAGAAACUUAACUCCUAACUGUGUUAACUUAAUUUUACUGGGACACUACAACUGAGUGAGAACAUGCUGAAGAUGUCAAAGGAAGAGGAUGUCGUGCUAAGAUAAUGGUCUCCUGCUGCUGCCUAAAGGCUGAAAGGAGGAUGAGGUGUUUUUCAAGGCCAACUUCAUGGAGUCGCUCUGUUUAGUGACUUACUUGUAUUCCGCCAAUUACUGAUGGUGACUUAGUCACCCUUGUACAGAAGGUUUGCAUAGCAGAGUAAAGGUUACUUAGCAACCCUUUCUCUGUAAUGCUUUAAGGAUGAAACCUUCUUGUGUUUCAACCAAUCAGAAGCCAGUGUAUCUAGAUAAACUAACUCCUUUUUGGUCUUUGUUUUGGAAAAAAGUUAACACUUUACUGGUACAAUUAAGGCUGGUUCUGUCCUGGAGGGAAUAAAUUCAGUAUUAAUUCACAUCUAAAUCACUGGGGUUGAAACUCUCUCAGCCAGCCAGAUUAAUGAGAAACUCUCAGAAAUGGUGGAGGCCCCUGGCUGGGAGUCGGCCUACAGAGGAGUAGCCGCAUCCAACCAGAGCUUUUCCCAGGUGUGGAAGCCACAAGCAAGGUUUGGUGUCUCGGGUGGGUCUGAUGUGGCCCUGCCCUCCCCUGGGCUCGCACCUCUGUUAAAAGUCCUCUGUUGUCGACUGACUCCUGCAGAUGCAGCGGGCUAACGCUGCACAGUUGCUGGUAGGUGAGUUUAAAGUCUUAAUCUAUGCAUUCAGAGAAAUAUUUUUAUAUGCCUUGUGUAAUUUAUAACAAGGAUUUUUUUUUUUAGCUUUGUUAACUGAAUUCGCCCCUCCUCCACUGCAUAUUUAAAGCAUGUGUUCACACUGUGUGUAAACGUUCACUGAAGAUUUUUUCUUUACGCAUUGCUGACUGUUCAAACAUAACAAGUAUUAUUAAAAUUAAAUAUUAACUGAAAAA